ACAAGAGUUGGUGCCAGAGCCUUCAGCGGAGACGAAGGCAGCCUUCUCAGAGACAGGCCCAUGGACACGGUACGGGUUGCAGUUGUCGGAGCAGGCGUGAUAGGGCUUGCCACCGCCAUGUGCAUUUCCCAGCAGGUCCCCCGAUGCUCUGUUACUGUCAUCUCAGACAAGUUUACUCCUGACACCACCAGUGAUGUGGCAGCUGGAAUACUUAUUCCUCAUGCUUAUCAAGACAUACCUGUUCAAACACAGAAGCAGUGGUUUAGAGAGACCUUCGAUCACCUGUCUGCAAUCGCCAGGUCUCCAGAAGCUGUAGAUGCAGGUGUUCACCUGGUGUCUGGUUGGCAGAUAUUUCAGAGUGUUCCUACCAGAGAAGUGCCAGUCUGGGCUGAUGUGGUUCUGGGAUUUCAGAUGACAGAAGCUGAGCUGAAGAGAUUCCCUCAACAUGUGUUUGGCCAGGCUUUCACAACCCUGAAGUGUGAAACUUCUGCCUACCUGUCCUGGUUGGAGAACAGGAUAAAGGCAAGUGGCAGCCUGCUGCUCACCAGGCGAAUCGAAGACCUGUGGGAGCUUCAGCCUGCCUUUGAUGUCGUGGUCAACUGCUCAGGCCUGGGAAGCCGGCAGCUUGCCGGAGAUCCCGCCAUUUCUCCAGUCAGGGGACAAGUGCUGCAAGUGCGGGCCCCCUGGGUGAAGCAUUUCAUCCGGGAUGGGAGUGGGCUGACCUACAUUUACCCUGGUGUGUCCCAUGUAACCCUGGGUGGAACGAGGCAAGAGGGAGACUGGAGUCUGUCCCCAGAUGCAGAGAUCAGCAGAGGGAUUCUGUCCCGAUGCUGCGCCCUGGAGCCCUCCCUCCACAGGGCCUGCGACAUCAAGGAGAAGGUGGGCUUGAGGCCUGGCAGGCCGAGCGUGAGGCUGCAGAAGGAGCUCCUGGUCCGAGGGGGACAGAGGCUGCCUGUGGUCCACAACUAUGGCCACGGGAGCGGGGGUGUCUCAGUGCACUGGGGCUCUGCGCUGGAAGCCACCAGGCUGGUGAGUGAGUGUGUCCAGGACCUCAGGACCCCUGCCCCUGCCUCAAAGCUGUAACUGACAUGAAAUGAGCAAAGCCCAAUGUAAGGCCCAGAACAGGUGUAAAUCACCUUUAUAUCACAGGAGAUGUUUAAUUAGACAUUUUUUUGGGUUUGUUUUCAAAAUUAGAAGUGAUACAACAUAAAUCAGUAGACUUAGGAAGUCUACCACCAAUGACAUAGGACAUAAAACUUCAUUUUGUUAAAAACAUGCAAUAUAGGGUAAGAUUUCUUUUGGAUCUGGUGCCUAAGGAUCUAUGCUAAUUUAUGUGAAUGGAAUUGUGAUAAAAUCAUGAUAUUGAAAUCAAGAUUUUGAUGUCCGUUGGCUCCUGAAUCCACAGGAGGAGAUAAUGCAGAGAAACACUAAAAUCACUGUCCGUUGUAGACAGGAUCCUCUUAGGUUAUAGCCAAGUGAGUAUUUUAAUCCCACUAAAUAAAAUCACGUGGGAAUCACAUG